AUGGCCAGUAACCAGGCCAGCCUGCAGGAUGAUCAGAGCAGGCACUGCAAGUUCUUAUCCUAUGUGUUCUACCAGGCUGUGAGAGAUCACAAGCCUGUGUGGAUGCUGGAAGACAUGAGAACUAUGGAGUAUUUUUACUGCGAGGAAAAUGCCAGCCUAAGAACAUACUCACCAUCAGAAGCCCUUCUCUAUGCAGUGGUGCAUAAUCACCUGCCUUACGCUCAGUAUCUGCUGUCUCAUUUUCCAGAGGAAGCUCUCAAGGUGCCUGGGGAACACUUCUGCUACUGCCCAUCCUCCGCUCCUCACUUGGCCAUGGCGGUCACAUAUGACAGGAGAGAUAUCUUGGGGCUGAUCAUCAACAUUGCACACAAGCUCCCCAGCUUGAACUCCUAUAUCAACAGGACUGGCUGCUUUCAUCUGGAAGAUGGGAAAACCCCCCUGCAUCUUGCCUGUGAACUGCUGAGGUCAGAGACAGUCCUCAUCCUCCUUGGGAAUGGAGCUUCUCCCAGGAUAGAGGACAGUAAAGGGCUUACCCCGCUGGAUGUCAUCCUGGAGCAGAUGUGGGACUCCAAAGUCAAUGUGGCAUCAAAGAAGCUCUGCCUUGACUACCUUUUGCUCUUCAUGCCCAACCCACAGUUUAAGAUGCGGAAAGUUCUGCGGGAGCACCCGGACCACUGGACAGCUUUGCUGGGGGAAGACAAAUUCAACAGCCUGGUGGGGAACACACCUGCUUCUUUAUAUCUACAAGCUAUGCAAACUAUUCUCCAGACUCUUCCUCCCUCUCACUUCCCUAAAAGCAUCCAGGAACUACCUAUACCUCAGGCAUUAAAGCCCUUACCAUCCUAUGGCAAAAAGCUACCGACUAACAAUGUGGUAAAUGUUUUCCCUUGA